AUGACUGUAGCCACUGUAACCAUAGUCCAAGUUCAUUCAUUUGAUGCCAUUCUGGCUGACAAGGAGUCGAUAAUUCAGGAGAAAAAUAAACAGAUCGAUGAACUGAAGGUGGUCAUUGUGGAAUAUUCCUCAGUUACAGAGCUGUUGAGAGCAGACAAGAUCAAACUGGAGAGUCAAAUGCAAAUGAUGCAGCCUGAUAUGACAAUCCCAGGUCUUUCUCUCUCUGUGGCCUACAGACUAAAUCAAAUGAGUUCAGGUUCUCUUCAGACGGAGUUGGCUCUGGCACAGAAUCCCGUGGAGGGUUUGGAGCAUCUGUCCUCCUCUGUUUGUUUUGCAUCUUCUUUGGAUGAGACUCUAGAUCGUGAGGUUCUUCUGCUUCUUCAAGGCCCGACUCCAGAGCAGCUUUCUCUGGAAUUUAAAACUCUGAUCAGCAGACUGAAAAGGGAGUUUAAGGAAGAUGGCAUCACCUGUCUCACAGCAUUCAGAGGCCUUACAGAGAACAGUGAAACUCAGGAGAUCAAUACCGACUUCAAGAUACAGGGCCUGGAGGUGCAGCUCGAGCAGAGAAGGAGUGACUGGACCCGCAGUCUAGAGCAGUUGGACCAGUACACAGACUCUCUGGAGAGGGAGCUUCUAAAGAUGGCUAGCAACAUGCGACGUUCUCGUACCGAGAUCCUGCACCUGUCUGUCAAGGGAACUCCGUUUGUGGGUAAGGGAGGAAUGCAGAGGCCUUGCACAGCUCUAAAGGAGGAAGACAGACUCCCAGAAUGCACUGGGCCUGAGGACGCCCACGAGCAGGCUGCUCCUCUGCCUCACACCCACAGUCAGUGUGCUGAUGCAUCUUUGAGCUCCGAGACGCCCGGUGAACAGGUGACCUCAGUCAAACACCUUAUUUCAUCUACUGAACCUUCCUCCCUUGUGAACUCGGAGAUGGUAUCUCCCUCUGCGGGCCAGCCUGAAGUUGGGGAUUCCAUUACAGGAAGGACCCAGCAGCCCACUGCCACAAACGGAGGAUCUGAGGGAGAUCGUAUGGCCACCACAGCCGACAUGAGUGACUCGCAGAGACUGAGUGAGGGACAUCUUUCUAAAGUGUCUGCAAAAUCGGACAAGAGUCCCUUGUUGCCAGUAGCAGAGGAAGAGGAGGCCAUGCCAGAGGCGGCGGAGGUGAUAUCAACUGGGGUGAACUCACCAGGCAAGAAGACAGUGGUCACAUCUGAUUCAAACUCUGCAGCCUCAGCUGACUCAUUGAAGGAUCCUUCUGAAAAAGCGAAGGACAUGACCUUUGACCCCACUGUCAAUGAGGGUAAUUUUCCAACAGUCCUUGCUGUGCAAGGCUCCAAAAAAGACCCUCUGACUCUGAGGAACAAGCUCAAGAAGGAAAUGAGCAGUAUGGAAGCCAUUGAGGAGCAAAAAGCUCAGGAGGACGGCGAGCCUUCAGUGGCCACAGAAAAAGAAGGUGACACAUCUGUCAUCUCUGAAAAUGCCAGCGAUUCCACCAAAGAUGACAAGAACAGCCUGUCGCCAAGUGACAAAGAGAUAGAGGCGGAGUUCCACCGGCUCUCUCUGGGCUUCAAAUGUGACAUGUUCACCCUGGAGAAGAGGCUACGCCUGGAGGAACGCUCGCGGGACCUGGCUGAGGAGAACGUCCGGAAGGAAGUGAACAGUUGUAAAGGUCUGCUGCAGGCCCUGAUUCCACGAUGUGAGGAAGAUAACCAGUCCAUGGAGAUCAUCCAUCGUCUGCAAAAGAACCUGGAAGUCCUCAUUCAAUCCAUGACCAGAGUGUCCAGCCGUUCAGAGAUGCUUGGGGCCGUUCAUCAGGAGACCAGAGUGGGUAAAACGGUGGAGGUGAUGAUUCAGCAUGUGGAUAACUUGAGGAGGAUGUAUACCAAGGAGCACGCAGAGCUGUUGGAGCUCAGAGAGAACCUCACGCCGAAUGAGAGGUCCUUUGGGUCCCACACUGAGAGGGAUGAUUUCAGAAACAAGAAGCAGUCAACUGCGAACAUUUUCAAAGUGAGUUAAGGCACAAAACGCACCACUUCAAGGUCG